AUGCCAGUCGCUGGAAAUGCCGCAGAACAGUCGGCAGACCCUGGCAAUGUGGAAAGCCGCGCCGAGAGACCAGUGAUGGAUGGCUCAUCAAGUUCAAAAGUUACUGUUGAAUAUCACGACCCUUCCAAUCUUUUCCCCCUUCUGGAACCGCAGCUCACCGCAAAGCUUCCGCUCCGCAAUCUUCAUUGGAAAUCUCCAACCCGGCCGUUGAGGUCCAUUGAGUCGUUGCAUGUCCAGUUUGUUCCUACCCGCGAUGCCGAGAAUGACAACAAACGCUUCUCGGCCGCCGAGCUGCAAGCUGUCCUGAAUGUAAGGGACGCACUCCAGGGCCAGCCGCCACCAGUUCAAGGGCAGAGCAGUACGGCUGCUCGAACUGUAAGUGAUGGUUCAAAAGCUCCGGUCAAAGAGAGGCGGCAUCAGAUCCCUGGCCUAAGGCAAACGCCGUACCUGAAAAUCUACAUCUUACGAUGUGAUGACAGUGAAACAUACAAAGCAUCUUCACGAAAGGCAAUUCGAGAGUGGCUAAAAGAGCAUACUCCGCCGUCUCAAAACACAAGUUCUUCCAGCAAUCAAGAGAAUCAUGAUGCGUUUGAAUGGCUCAUUUUACAUGUAGUGCUACCGGAUACUGGAGCAGCAGUACAGCCGCGCUGGAGCGGAUCCUCGAGCACCCCUUCACUCGCGCCAUCAGAGAAAUCCGGUAGUCGAUGGCCAGGUCGUGGAUCAAGUACGAUUCUAGAGAAAAUUCGUGCAGACUUCAAUGUGUCUAGCAAAUCGGCACCAGAUAGGGUCGCCCAGAUUCGCUUGGAAAAGAAUGUCGUGCCUCCAAGUCUUCUACCUCAAGGCCCAUCUGCACCAGGCACGCCUUACAGCGAAAGUCCGCAGGAACAAGCAAACGCAUGGCAUGACCUCCUGGCAAAGUUCAAGACUUUGAUCCUCAUGUCAUUUGACCUUCGCGUAAGCCAAUACGAGGAAGAUAUCCGAGAAAAAGACUCGCAGCGUGCCCUUCCUGGCUGGAACUUUUGCACGUUCUUUGUCCUCAAAGAAGGCCUUGCAAGAGGCUUCGAGAGUGUCGGCUUGGUCGAAGAUGCGCUUGUCGGGUACGAUGAGCUCUCUAUCGGCUUAGAUACCGUGGUCCGAGAGCAGGCUGCCGGUGGCUCUCCCGAUUAUGGCGGAGCAUUUCUCACAUAUACGGAAGAUCUACAGCGUCAAGCGCUCGCAGCGGACGAAGAGGCUCAGGAGAGCAGUAGCGCUCCAUCUCAUGGUCGAAGUCGCAGUGCACCUACCAUGUCGUAUACGGAGGACAAGCCCAUCAGCUCAAAACGGAAGGACUAUCGUGACCUUGUAUUGUCCAGCAACAUUUCCGUCUUCGACUUUAAGUGCUAUAUUUUCUCUCGCCAAAUGGCUCUUUUACUGCGCCUAGCCAACGCCCACUCCUCCAGAACAGAACUGAUGGCAAAGCCUCCGACUCUGUCUAUACCCAACAAUGGCCAAUUCGCUACAGAUGGUACUCUCGCAAGGCAAAUAUCCGGUCAAGGGGCAGAAGACUCAGAAGAUCUUGCCUCCCUAGCUGAAAUAUGCCAGCGCGCGCUCAGCUUUAUAACCUCAGUCGCCCGUAUCAUGCGAGAAGACCUGGAGAUUGGAUUGACUCCGAAGUUGCCCAUCAUACCUCAUCAAUUGAUUGAUCACGUGGUGUCAUCGUGGGAGUAUUCUGUUGCGGAACAGGUACUGGAUGAGACGGCUACCCCUUCGCUGCCGCUGAUAGUCUCUGGACCGGAUUGUACAAACGCAUCAUCACUUAGUACGUUGCAGCAUUACGCCCAGGAACCCAGGUCCAUGAUACCUUCUUCGCGGACGACUGCUCCCUAUCACCGAAAGCGGGAUCCCACCACCGACCUGCCUUACUCACGCACUCCUGCUUCAGGGCAGGUCAUUUACGAACACGGAAGAUUCCACGAGAACCAAUCCGCUUAUGCGGCCGGCGCCCAGCCUCCGCCGGUGACUGGAUUAAAGGAGCUGGCCGCAUAUCGAGCAGAGCUCUAUCUUCUACAGCGAAGAAUCCUCGAGCGAGUUGGGAAGGGCUUUGGAUGGUCGGUCGGAUGGGCAGCUGUAAAUGCUCUGUUGCCAAUAACCGAACUCACGUUCUCUGAGGUUUCAUUGGAUGAGGCAGAGCCUCCAGCUGCUCGGGAAGUUGAGACGGAAUUCAAACCUGGAGGAGAGAUGCAACGCACGCAAGGGCUGUCCUCCUCAAACCUUGCCGCUGCCGCUUCAUCGGUUGAUGAAUUCAGGUCUUUGUAUGAGAGACUCAGCGACUAUGCGCUGAGACUUUAUAUCGUAGCACGCCGGCCCAAGUCGGGUGAAAGUAUUCUGGGAGAUCUGGCUGCGCUAAAGUUCCAGAUUGGGGAUUAUGCGGGGGCGGCCACGCAUUUUAGCCACAUGGUUCCUUCAUACUCAGAGCGCCGGUGGAACUUGGUCGAUACGAUCAUGCUGAAGAUGCACGCGGAAUGUCUCAAAAAGCUGAACCGCAAGGACGAAUACUGUCGAGCCAUGUUGGACCUUCUGGCAAAGUCUGCGGCUCGCGGGCGGUCAGACGUGUUCCCUAGGAUGCAAUCAAUGCAUACACAGAGCAGCCAGCAAAUGCCUGCCACAAAAUGUAUCGGUUGGCUCGACGACGAGAGCAUCGACACUACUGGAUUUCUCUCGGAGCUCGUUGCGUAUUCUGAACAAUUACCUUACUCCGUUACAGCACCCAUGACCGACUAUUUUGAAGAUCUCAUCAUAGAACCUUACAUCCGCCACUUUGCCGAUAUAGACGGAUUCGAACUGAGAGUCCGGUUUCGACAUCUGUUGGAGGAUGAUCUCGACAUUCAGCGGCUUCGAGUACGGCUUGUCGGCAUGUCCAGUGCUCAAAAUGAGGAGAUCUGGCUCGAGACGGAGGGUCAUGUCCUCGUCAGCAGAGGCCCGGUCAAGGCCUGGGUGAAGACAAAUGUUACUACAGAUGGCUCUUAUAUGGUGGACAAACUAGUUUUCGAAUGCAACAAAAUCAACUUUGUACACGAGCCCUUCGCCAAAGCUGAGACAGUCACGCCGCUGGGCCUUUAUACAGCUGUUCCGGCGUCCCCCAUCAGGUCUGCAAAGAAGUCCCGGAUCCUUUGUUUCCCGUCCCCGCAGGCUUUUGCUGUUGAGAUGACUUGGACCCGGGACAUUCGCAUCCAUAAAACCAGGUCAAUAGAGUUGGAACUAAGCUCUGGAUGGAACGACAUCCAAAAGGCGGAGUUGCGCUUGCGCUCCGGUACGGCAGGUCUAAGGCUCCGGUCGAGUGAGGUGGCAAUCACCGCUGGCGAUCUCGACAUCCAAGACACUUCGCGUCCCGGGGUUAUCGAGUUUUCCGGGCUCGGUCGCGGUCAGAGUGCAGUCCUUCAAAUCCCCUACGAUGUCGAGGAGAACCCUCGGGAACUUGCGAUCCGUCUUGAGGCCACCUACUACACGGAGAAAGGGACAUUCGAGUACUUCGCUCCGUUUACAGUUUCAGUCGACCUGCCGUUGGAUGUCAACGUUCAUGACGUUUUCAAAGAGACCGCGCUCUUCUCAACCUUCAAUAUCAAAGUAGCGAACAAUAUUCCCAUCGAGCUGCUCAGCGUUUUACUACGAGGCCCGGAGUCGCUCUCUGUCUGGCCACCGCCGUGUAAUCUGACGCCAAUGGUCGUGUUCCCGAAGCAGCCGGCUUUGAUCAUGUACAAGAUCACUAAGAACACAGCCAGUGCGAUCUCUAACGCUCAGAUCAACGUCACCGACGCCCUGCCACUGGAGCUCGAAGUGGCUUACAGAUGUAUUGAUGAGGUUGUGCGACACCAGGCCAAGGCACAUUUUGCAGCUGCAGUGAACGACAGCGGGUUCAAGAGCCUUGGCCGACUCCUUAUCAAACAUUUUGUUACCCAGUUGCGGCGACAACUCGGGCCAGUGGUCUGUGAGAGAAUUGCACUUCUAGGCACCAUCUGCAUCCGGUCGUAUGAAGAUACACUCUGGGCGGACGUACUUGAAAGUCUGCCCAGCGCUACUCGACCAGGUCUGGAGCAAUGGCUGCAAGAAUGGCAUGAGACCAAUACGAGUAUGCCAUUGAAACCCAGAGAAGACAAAGAUGACCUCGAGAGAUCCGCAACACGCCGUGUAGUCGUGACCGCCACCCUACCAAAAGCCCACGUUGUUCACACAGUACGCCUCCACCUGCUCAACCAAGAUCAAACCUCAAGUCGUACACCUCCAAUAGUCGCAGUGGGCGAGCCUCUCAUGGCGAUGCUCUAUGUCAAGCACACGCGGCAAUGGAACAGUCCCAGUGCAAUCAAGACCGCAGGCGGCCUAGCAGACGCGAGUGACCCGAUAGAUUUCACAUACAGCAUAGAUGCGCAGCCUGAUACGUGGCUCAUCGGCGGCCAGCGGCGAGCCCACUUUUCCGCCCGGGAGAACGAACCAAAGGGCUUUCCUGUUAUGCUCAUACCGCUACGUCCGGGUAAUCUGCUGCUCCCGUCAGUGGAGAUACGGCCGCGCUCGGCGCAGCAGCGAGGAGGCAGCGAGGCAGAAGCAUGGGAUCGGCCUUUGUCUGCUGGAAAGAGAGCGGAUGCUGGAGCGGCGGCGAUGGUUUGUGAGACGGACUACGAGAGUCACGCACAGUCGGUACUUGUUGUACCCAAUAUGAAGACCACGACUGUUGGUAUUGAGAGUGCGGGCAGUCCUGCGGGAGGACCGGUUUUGCUUGAGGUGGAGCAAACAAGUAGAGGCGUUUCGUAG